AUUUUUAAAAUGAUGCUAUUUUUGUAUAACUUAUUUUUUACUUUAUAGUGAAAAAGAAUAAAAAAUACAUAAACAAUAUUAAAAGAUGGGACUAUGUGCAAACGAUUGAUCGUCAUUCUUUACAUAUCAUUAAUAACAUGUCCUUCCAUAUUGACUAGUAAAUGGUGCCCUCUGGGUAAAGUUUAUAUUAAUGGUGUAUGUAGAAAAUGCCCGGAUUGUCCAAAAGGAUUUGGUUUAAAAAAAGAUUGUUUGGCUCAUAUCAUUUCGGAGUUUGAUCCAGAAUGUCAACCUUGUCCUAACAACACAUUUUCAUCAUCGAAAUCGCACAGUGCAUGCAAAAACUGCAGGCUACCAUGUGGUUUAAAUGAAAUAGAAAAAACUGUAUGUACUCGAGAGAGCGAUAGGGAAUGCAUUUGCAAAAAGGAAUUCAAGAUGGAUCCUGCUACUGGACUUUGUAUUCGCAAAUGCUGUCAGUGUAAAACAGGGAGAAUAACAGAGCGAGCAGAAGAGUGUAAACAUAUGCCUGGUGGAAAAAAAUGUUUUUGUAACCAGUUGAUUCAUUCAAGCAAAUCAGUGAGAAUUGCAACAACUACUAACAGAAGCAAAUACACCUUAUUGAGGUCACUCUCUGCAACACCAGCUUAUGUGUCUAAAAGUAUCCUGUUGCCCUCUCUAUCAUCAAGUACAACUUCAGUCGUUACACCAAAAAAAUGGAAAACAGUUUUGUCUAGUGUGUCACCAACAUUACUAAUAUCUCCGACUAAAUCGACACACACAAGUUACUCAUCAAGUUUGAUUCGCCCAAUGGAUCAUAGAAAGCUAGAAAAAGACAAAGCUGCUCAUGUUGGCACCAUUGUGAUGUUCACUUUUUCGUUUUUAAUUGCUGUUGUAAUAUUCAUUAGUUUUGCAUAUGUGACAGUACGAAGACGGAGUUACACCUUCCACUUUAUCAAUAACAGCAGUAGUAAAGUCGAGGGAUGCACACAUAAGGUUGAAAUUGAUGAAGUUGCGGAUCAUCUGUUACAAGCAGGACCUUCAUCACCUAAAAUGCACCAGAAACCUACAGGACAUGUGGGAUCAGCUCAUGUUAUCAAUAACGGCAAAAGUAAAGUUGAGGGAUGGACAAAUGAGGUUGAAAUUGAUGAAGAAGUAAGUGCUACCGAUCGGCUAUUACAAACGGGACCUUCGUUAGCAACUAACGUGCACUAUAGAGACAAAGGUCAUGUGGUACCAGCUCAGACACUGACCAUUGAAGAAUUCUAUGAAAACUUUGGCAAUUUGUCUGGGUUAAGCAAAUUACUAGAAUUAAAUAAAGGCUACAAAAAACUUGGUUAUAAGUUAGCUGAAAUAUAUUACGCUGGUGACAUUGAAAAACAAAGAGAGCUAACCAAAGCUAUAGACCAGUUGGAACCUGAUUCAGCCAAAAACUUGUUGGAAGCGUGGGCUGCUCAAACACCAGAAAAAAACAUAGGAAAAAUAAAAGAAAAAGCAACAUCACUUGGUAGAAAGGACAUCAUUUUGUUUAUUCGGCAUAAAAAUCUACCAGAGAGUCUACCUUUAAAAGAAAUGCAACUGGAAGAUAAGGACGAAUUAAUAGCAUUAUUAAAUAAAUACGUUCUAUGGGACUGGCGCUCAUUUGCAGAAGAUGAUUUUAAAACAAGUGAUAUUGAAAGAUUGAAGGUGACUAAUAGUCCAUCACACUUGUACACAGUGGAGUUUUUUAAACUGAUAAAGCAGCGUAUUCCAGGUCUACGGUUAGAAGUUGUAUGUACGGCUGCCAAGGAGAUCGGACGACCAGAUGUCGAAAAGUUCUUAACCGCGAAAAUGAACCCUUAAAAAUACUUAAUGUUUCUACAGGGAUUUAACAUGAAAUAAGAUCGCUUUACAUUAAAAAAAGAUGAAUAGCAUGUGUUUACAGAUUUGAUCAUGGAAUUUAAGCAAUUAGACACGAGACAGUACAUUUAAAUCGCAAAAGCAUAUGUUAGUCAAUUUUCUUUUUGAAUGUUCAACAUCUGUUAUAUUACAGUCAAAUACACUUUGCAGUCACAAAGUCUAGAAAGACACACACAGUACUUCAGUAGCUACUACAUGAUUUAUAAUUUUGAAAACCUUAGCAUGAAUAUAGACGAUAACAUAAUAAAUGUAAUGAAACAUUUAAUACUAAUGAAAAGUGUAUUUUGAUGUAAUUAUAAAUUUUAUAUAUUUUUUUAUUCUUCUUAACAUUUUUUUCUACCUUGCUUUGUCAGUCACGUUUUUUACACACUUUUAUUUUCUCCAUUGUUGCAUAAGGAUCGUUUUUAAAAAAUAUUAGGGAUCAUGCAGGUUCCUGAUUUAUAAAAUACAAUUUUUUGUUAUGCAUUACGUUUUUUUAUAUGAAUUUUUUAAUACAAUACUUGAUUGGUGGGGUUGUUAUGGUACGAUGCUUUUCAACCAAUCAGAGUUAAAUGCUCUAAAAAUAUUUUUCUUAUUUUGAUUAGUGUGGUAUUCUUAAGGAGAAAUAAUAUUAAUUUGAGUUUGAUUUGUGGAUAAUAGUCUCGUUACAAAUACUAAUCCAAUUUCCUUUUUUUAAUAAACUGUCUAGAGAUUUUCAAUUUACAGGCUCUGGUGGAUUAAAAACUUUAUAACUAAGAACUUAGCUCAGGGAACCACUAGUCAAAAUAAUUGCUUUGUUUAUGUUAUAAAAUUUAAUAACCAUUCCUGUAAGGAUGUUCAGUUUAAAACGUAUUCGUUUGUCAGCAGUUUAAACGGAUUUGUUUAUUUAAUCCUGCAUGAAUAAAAACAAAAUAAGAACAAUUGAGGUUCACUAAAAAUUAACUGGUUUUUAUAAAAAAAAGAGAGUGUAAUUAUAUAAAAAAGAUUUUUAAGUAUAGGUAUUUACUUUGAGAAAUUUUUAAUUCUUAGUGACGUACACAAAAAAGACAUGCCUGGGCAUGCUGUCUAUGUCAACCUUUUUAGAUUGUGACUAAUGGUGUAGUUCAUUUUUAUAAGUAAACAAAUGGUAAUGACAUUUCGGUUUUGUCCUAAAUGACUUGUCAAUACAAAUUUUUUGUAAGAAAUUUUAAUUCACUAGUGCAUUUAUUUUUCCGACAAACUUUUAAUUUGUUGGAUUUUUUGACGUCAUUGUACAGUAUAGGAUUAUGGGAUUGAACUUCCAAGUUCAGACCCAGAAUAAACCCUGGGUGUAUGAGAAUAAAUUUUUAAUUAUUGUA